AUGUUGUGUUCCCUGCAGGACCCAGAGAACAUGUGGGCCUACGAGGUAGACGCCAGGUCGACAGGGGACAAACAGUCUGCCCGGGAGGAGCGUCGAGGAGACGUAGUGGUGGGCCAGUACAGCGCCAUGGACCCUGAUGGUUCUCUCUGCGUCGUCGACUACUCUGUAGCUCCCGACACUGACUUCCAGGCCACUUACCAGGAGAACCGCAACCAGUACCAGUCCAACUAUCGCACGAGUACCAACCAAUACAACCACAACAACCAGUCCAACAACCUCCACAACAACAGGUACAUCUCACAAAGUUACGGCUCCACCAACAACAACCACAACUACAACCAAAACUCACACCUCAACUCCAACCUUUUCAACCUGGAAUACAACCAACAACCCUCCCGGUUAUCCACCAACAACCACAACCAGUACGGAAGGAGCCAAGACCCAGAGAACAUGUGGGCCUACGAGGUAGACGCCAGGUCGACAGGGGACAAAAAGUCUGCCCGGGAGGAGCGUCGAGGAGACGUAGUGGUGGGCCACUACAGCGCCAUGGACCCUGAUGGUUCUCUCUGCGUCGUCGACUACUCUGUAGCUCCCGACACUGACUUCCAGGCCACUAAACGCAACCAGUAUCAACAAGACCGCAACCAGUAUCAACACAACCGUAACCAGUACCAGCUGAAUCAUUACCAACAGAACAGCAACUACUACCAGGAGAACCGCAACCAGUACCAGUCCAACUAUCGCACGAGUACCAACCAAUACAACCACAACAACCAGUCCAACAACCUCCACAACAACAGGUACAUCUCACAGAGUUACGGCUCCACCAACAACAACCACAACUACAACCAAAACUCACACCUCAACUCCAACCUUUUCAACCUGGAAUACAACCAACAACUCUCCCGGUUAUCCACCAACAACCACAACCAGUACGGAAGGAGCCAAGACCCAGAGAACAUGUGGGCCUACGAGGUAGACGCCAGGUCGACAGGGGACAAAAAGUCUGCCCGGGAGGAGCGUCGAGGAGACGUAGUGGUGGGCCAGUACAGCGCCAUGGACCCUGAUGGUUCUCUCUGCGUCGUCGACUACUCUGUAGCUCCCGACACUGACUUCCAGGCCACUGUUACCAAGCAAUCCACCCAUGAAAACUUCCAGAGCCAAAGCCAAUAG